UUGACGCGGACCUGAUGGGCGCUUUCCCCAGUGGGGCCACCCAGACCCCCAGGGACGCCGCCGCCGCCGCCUCCGAGGCCCGGGUGAGACAUGGUGUUCCCGCCGCCGCUGUUGCUGCCGCUCUCGCGCUGAGUCGGCAUCGCCCCCUUGCCUUUCCUUGCCCGGCCCCGCCCGCUGGCUCUGCCGGCCCCACCCCGGAGCUGCGGGAGGCAGACGAAGAAGAGGAAAGAAAAUGGAAGGGGGAGCACUCAGCGCCUCACACUCCUUCGCUCCCCGCCGGCUCCUCAAAGGAGGGCCGCUCUAAUAUCGGGUGGUCAGCUCGAGCCACUCAGCCCUUUUCCCGCCCGAAAGCAGCGCGCGCGCGUCCGAAGGAAGGAAAAACAGGGCCGCUCCCACCCCUUAUACUUCUCCUCCUCCCCUCACCGAACGAGCCACACUCCCGAAGCGGAAGCGAGGAAGGAGACGUGAGGGAAUGACGGAAUGAACCACUUCUUGGACUAUGGGGGAAGACGGUGACACCGGAACGGGGCCUCUUUUGUGCGCGUGAAGACAUCUCGAGCAAAAACUGUGUCAAGUCUUAUAAAGACGGAGAGACAUUUGCCUAGGAGCGUCAGAACUGGGCCAACUCACUCCUUGCUGACUAAUUUACCUGAAUCCCAGUCGCACAUCUCUUUUCCCAGCUACUUUUGUACCUGAUGGAUGGGCUGUACCACCACCACCACACAAAAGGAUGAUAAUAAUAUCUGCCUUUCCACCCCCGCUCCCCGGUCGAUUCCUAUAUAGUUCGAACUGGGCAAAAGGCAGAUCACGGGGUUGCUUCUUCAGCCCGCCACCAGCAUAUUUAAAACUAAUCUUCUCAUACGUUGGUACAGGCUACGGUAUACUUGGAGCGGGGAGACUUGGAAGUUCAGGAAGCCCUUGCCGCGGAGAAUUUUGGGAAGUGAAGUUUCCAAAUUCAGUGUGCGGGUUGUGCAAGCAUGCUCCAGGUGCUUGAGCUGUCUGGGCUUGACACUUGCACCCAGCCAUCGUUUUAUGGUUUGGCAGACUUUAAUUACCCUUUGAUACAGGAGGACGUAAAGACAACUAUGAACCUUAAAAAUUGUGUGUAUAAACGUGUUUAGACUCGUUCAAGGGUUGCAGAUAUCUUGCAGGAGCCUGUCGGUGUUCAGAGGUUCGUGCUUGCAAGCUAAACCACGGAAGGCCGAAGUGUAGAGAAAGAACACGAGAGCGAUGGAUUGACACGUGACCUCUCGAGGUCGAGCCCGAUUGGCGCAGGCGUGGUGCUUCCCUGUGAGGGAGGCGAGAACAUGGCGGAAGCGGAGUGAACGAUUUGUACGCCGAGCGGGUAGAAGAAUCAUUUCACAGCAAUGGAAAGUGAACCGAGCACAACAACAUGUUCUACGUGCACAACAACCAUCACCACCACAUCUUCCCCAUCCCGUACACAGCCACCUCAGAUAUCUGUUUAUAGCGGUGCAGAUCGGCAUGCUGUGCAGGUUAUUCAGCAGGCCUUGCAUCGUCCCCCUAGCUCAGCAGCACAGUACCUUCAGCAGAUGUAUGCAGCUCAACAGCAGCAUCUAAUGUUACAAACUGCUGCUUUGCAACAGCAGCAUUUGAGUAGCACUCAGUUCCAGAGCCUGGCCAGCGUCCCACAGGCAAACCUGUCAGGUGGGAGGCAGUGCACAUCCCCCAAUGGCAAUGUUACUCAGCAGUCAAGCAUGUCAGAGACCUCGAUUAAUCUCUCUGCUUCUCCUACACCUGCGCAGCUAAUAAGCCGUUCACAGACCUCCAACACUAGUAGCAGCAGUCUUACCCAACAGACCAUGCUGUUAGGGAGCACCUCUCCUACUCUGACUGCGAGCCAGGCUCAGAUGUACCUCCGAGCUCAAAUGCUGAUUUUUACACCUGCUACCACUGUGGCGGCUGUCCAGUCUGACAUUCCUGUCGUGUCGUCGUCAUCUUCGUUUCCCUGUCAGUCUGCAGCUACUCAGGUCCAGAAUUUGACAUUGCGCAGCCAGAAGUUGGGUGUAUUAUCUAACUCACAGAAUGGCUCUCCAAAAAGCAGUAGUCAAGCCCAGACACUAGCUGUGUGCCCUAAUAAACCUGUAACCAGUACCAAAGCCAGCCAGUCAGAUCCUCUAGAAAGCAAAAGGAAAGGAGACAGCCCAACUGCAGAGCCUCGAAGUCCGGCUGUAACACGUACAUCAAGUAUUCAUCAACUCAUAGCACCAGCUUCGUAUUCUCCGAUCCAACCUCAUUCUCUAUUAAAGCACCAGCAACCCCCUCUACAUUCACCAUCUUCAAAAAUUUCCCACCAUCAGCUGAUCUUCCAACAGCAACAAGUUCAACCAAUCACACUCCAGUUUCCUCCAAAUCAGGAGGCAUCUUCAUCGCAACAGUGUGUACCACUCCAAGGCCAUGCCCUUCCUCCAACUUCUAGCAGUGCCCCAUCCCAACACUGUACACCUGUUCACAUCCAUCCUCCACCACUUCCUCCUCCACUUUCUCCAACUCCAUCCCAGUCCUCACAACAAUCAGUGGUGGUAUCUCCCCCUCCCCCUCCUUCACCCAGCCAGUCACCAACAAUAAUUAUCCAUCCCCAAGCUCUUAUUCAGUCACAAUCACAUCCAUUAGCAUCGUCAGCACUCCAACCAGAGCAUAACCCAGUGCAGGCCGAUGAUAGACCAACAGAACCAAUAUCAGAGUCUUCUAAUCUUCCACCCCAACUGUCACCUUCCCCAUUAGUACACAUUGGGUCACCAGAUCAGCCUGUUAUGGUGUCCACAGGCCAACAGAUAACAUCUCCAACAUCUCACCAACAAUAUCCAGCUCUGCAGCCCACACCAAUCCCAGUGGCAGCCUCUUCCCAGCUGUCAACAUCUCCAACCCAUAAUCAACCACUGCCUCUUCCGUCAAUUCAGUCUUUACAAGUGCAGCCUGAAGUUUUGUCCCAGGGUCAGGUUUUGAUGCAAAAUACAUUGGUUUCUGAGGAGGAGCUUCCUGCUGCUGAAGCUUUGGUCCAGCUGCCGUUUCAGACUCUUCCUCCUCCCCAGACAGUUGCAGUAAAUCUUCAAGUGCAACAAGCUGUACCUGUUGAGACCCCAGUGAUUUAUCAAGUGGAGGACAUGUGUGAGGAAGAGAUGCCAGAGGAAUCAGAAUGUGUGCGUAUGGCUAGGACCCCCACCCCACCAACGUUGUCGCCACCAGCUAUCACCUUAAGAAACAGAGAAGAGUUUGCCUAUGAGGAGCCUUUUUCAGAACAAGAGGGACAUCCUUCAGUGGCCUCAUCAGUCAGCGCUUCUGUAAUUAAAUCACCAUCAGACCCUUCACAUGCCUCUAUUCCACCACCACCUUUUUUGCUUCCAGCAGUCGCAACAAGGAGUAACAGCGCAUCAUUGUCUAUUAAGAACCCUAGCAUAGAAAGCAAACCUCCACAGGCUGUCGUUAAGCCACAAAUACUGACCCAUGUUAUUGAGGGCUUUGUGAUCCAAGAGGGGUUAGAGCCAUUUCCUGUAAGUUGUUCAUCUCUUCUAGUUGAGCAGCCUGCAAAAAAGAGGCUCCUAGUGGAGGGCCAGGUGAUGAAUGUUAUGUGUGUUGAGUCCGAGUUACAGAAUAACACAAAGCAUGUAGACAACUCCUCAGACACAGAGUUGGAGGACACAAUUACAGAAGAGGGGCUAGACGAAAUGGAAACUGAUCUCCUCAAGUGUGAGUUUUGUGGGAAAAUGGGGUAUGCAAACAAGUUCCUGCGGUCAAAACGAUUCUGUUCCAUGUCCUGUGCCAAGAGGUACAACGUCAGCUGCAGUAAGAAAUUUGGAUUAUACUCAUCAGACAAAAGCAGUCGUUGGGGCCGGAGCCCAGAUAAUCAAAGCCUUGGACGACGUGGGCGACGGCCAAGCGGCUCUGAUGGAGCUCCAAGAGAACACUUCCUUAGACAGCUUCCAAUUACUUAUCCAUCUGCAGAAGAAGACUUGGCUUCUCAGGAAGACAAUGUACCGGUUGCCAUGACCACUCGCCUGCGAAGGCAAAGUGAAAGGGAAAGAGAGCGUGAACUUAGGGAACUGAGAAUUAGGAAAACAGCAGACAACAUGGAUUUGUUACCAGCCAUACAACCUGAUCCAUCUAUAUGGACUGUUGAAGAUGUUUGGGCCUUCAUACAUUCAUUGCCUGGUUGUCAAGAUAUUGCUGAUGAAUUUCGAGCCCAGGAGAUUGAUGGGCAAGCUCUUCUCUUAUUAAAAGAGGAUCAUCUCAUGAGUGCAAUGAAUAUUAAGCUUGGACCUGCACUGAAAAUUUGUGCACGAAUCAACUCCUUGAAGGAAUCCUAAUGGAAACUAGGCUUUGAACCACAGCUUCCAACAGACUUGUAAAGUAAUACAACAGCAUCUUAACAUUUGAUGUGAUUAUUACUGCUGUGUUUAACAUCUUUUUCCACAUAAAGACUAUUGGAGGAGCAUAAUUAAUGUAAUCUUCCAAACCUUACAGUAAUUAUCCAGCUUAUCAGGAAGCAUAAGCUGUAUUGGCAAAUUGUUGUAGUCAAAUGCAGGGUGAGGUAGAGUCAGUGGAAAGCUCUAUGAGGUUUAUGUAAUACGUUGUGGGUGAUGCGUAUUCCAAAAAGGUGAUUAUUUAACACUCAAAAUUUAAGCUUUUUUUUAAAUAAUAUAACCUUGAUAUAACCUUGAUUACAGUUUUAAAUUGUGUUUCUAUACACCUUUUCCUUUGUAGAAAGCUUUUUAAGAAUAUGGAUUAACAGAAGAGUCCACAGAGUCUGUGGAAGCACUGAUUAUGGUAAAAUGCUAUGCAUUUAAUUGUGCUCUUUGAGUUUCAAUUAAUCUUGAGCAUAUAAUUUGAAGAGAACUUGCAACUGACCUCUUCUCUCAUAACCCUAGAGUUCCCUCACCACUGCCACUGUAGUAUUUUCUUGUAAGUGUGGAAGCUUUUCUGUGAACAUGUGAGGUAUUUUGUGAAUGCAGAAUAUCUUCCACUAUCAGAAUAUUGGUCACCUGAAUUCCACAUGUCCUCCUUGUCGGUAUAAGGAGCACUCCCAUCUGUACAAACGCAUGAAUAUUGUGGGGGUGGAGGGAGGUAUUCUUGAUAAACGAGGUUGUACAGUAAGUCUGAUGCACAUAAUGGCAAAGCUGCUGAGAGCUGGAAUGGCAUGACACCCUUCCUGGAUAGUACUAAAAAGCACAUACAUUAUGUUAAUUCUUCGUAUGCUGCUAUGCACUGAAGAGGGCAUUAUGUUGUUAUCCUUAUGUUUUUUCUUGCUGCUGGUUAACAUAGACCAAAGGAAUUAAUGUACACCUAUUGAAUGGAAAGUUGUCAUCUAUGUGCUGGUGUGCAACUCCAAGUUAUUGAAUAGUUCUCAAGAGCAAAUUGGAUCAGCAGGCAUUUCUGGGCUUUGUUUUCCUUCUAUAAUUUUCUUGUCUACCCUUUCUUUGUUUCCACCAGCAGAUAUUUUGGUAGAUGCUGCUAGGGACGUUGUUCUUCCCUCUCCAUUUGGAAUAAGCACUUUUUGAAAUUACAGUGGUUUCACCUCUUAACAUUUCUUCACAACCCAGUGUUAUCUGCAGCAGCUAUUCAUGUUAUAGUAAGUAUGCCAAAUGAAUGGCACCAAAGUAUUAAGAGUAAGCAUUCAGAAGUAUGUUCUUUAUAUUUAAUAGUUUGCAUCAUGCUUUGGAAGAUCCUCUACCACCAUUCAGUUAACAUGGUUGAAGAAAUGGCAUUGAGCACUAAGGAGUUUCACAAGAACAAGGGAUUUCCAUUCAUUUCAGUAGUUUGUACAAAAUAAAUGCCCUGUAGAUUAUGACCACCAUGUAACUGAACGUGAAUCUUCCACAAUAGCAUGUCUGUUUAUUUCAGGAUAUGUUGGUUUCAGUUAUAAUACAAAUCUCUUAAGAUAGAUUUGGGUUUUUUUGGAAAUGAUUUACUAGAUGGCUAGCUAGUACACUUUUAGGCACUAUAUAAAAAUGAUAAAUACAAUAGUAAAUAAUACCAUUACAAUUCUGUCUCUGAGUGGAGUCUAGAGAGUCAAAAACUAUUUAUGAUUUCUUGGCAUGGUAAAAUAUUUUUUGUUUUAUUUGUACGUCAGCACCUUAUUUGCUGUAAAAUUAAGGGUGGUUUAAUUAGCAGAAGUGCUUAGACUUGUAUGGUGCUUUACUGGUUGUUUCAAUUUGGAAUUUGGGGGUGCAUUCAAGAAGGUAUUUCUUACUGUUACAGUUAACAAUUUACAGAUUAUUUGUUUAAGGUUAUCAGAAGCUCAAAGUAAUUCAGUUCCUUACAGAGUUAAGGAGAGCCACCCAACAUUUACAGGUGAUGUGUGUAUGUGUAAAAAUGUAAGAAUUACAAAGUAUUUCAUCAUUUCCCAACUCCUCAUUUUUCCAUAUAGAUUCUUUUGUAUAUGGAACAUGCAAAUAAGUUAUAGAGCGUAAUAUAGUUAAAGCUGCCACCAAAUCGCAUGAACUGGUUAUUUGCCUAAAUAGUAUUUGUGGACAGCUAACUGCAUUGGUUAUUUGCUCAAAUAGUAUUUAUAACUGUUAAGUUCAGUAAACUCAUGAAGGUAAUUUUUGCCAAAGCACAACAGGGAUUCCAAAAUUAAGCAUGUUUUCCCCACUUUUGGAGAAUGAAUUGUUCAGUCCUAUCCAUACGGGAUUUAAGUGGAAAAAGUUUAAGAGCACAGUCCAAACUAUAGGAAGUCAAUGUAAUUUAUGCUGGACUAACUGAAGCUGGAGUAAAUUAUUCCAAACUCCUUUCAGGAGUGGGGCUACUGCUGGCUGAGCCUGCCCCUGAUCCCAGUAAAGGGAAAGCAAGCCUUUAAAACAGAGUUUCACUUACAUUACCCUUUUUGCCAGUGUAACAUCCAAUGGGUUGCUAGGUCAUGUGACUGAGCUGAAAGGAGUCUGGAAAUAGGGGUAGGUCUCCUCUGCCCGCCUCUUUCGGGACUUCAUCCAGCCUCAGAUGAGCCAGUUUUGGCUAAGCCAGGAUGGAGGGUUUACUCCGGUGUUUCUCCAGCUGAGCUGGGAUGGGGGACUUCAGCCGGCACAGCCAGACAUCCAUCUGUUCUAACACCCCUCAUCCCAGUGGAUUUUAGGCUUAGAUCGCUCGCUUAGCUAGUUUAGUCCCAUUUACUUUAGAGAGAUUAAGACUGCAGUCCUUUGUACAUUUAUGGGUGAGAAUAGUUGCCAGUAAAUGUGCAUUGGGCUGUAAAACAUACAAAUCAAAAUAUUUCAAUUUAACUGAGUGGUUUUUCAAGCUAAUUUUGUUUUGCAAAUGACUUUUUUUGAAAUGUCAAUUCUUUUAAGCAUCUGGGAACUGGAACAAUUUUACAUCUCCUGUAAUAUACAAAUAAGAGCACAAAUUCUUAUUGAUACCUGACUGAUAAACAUUAUAUAAUUUAUACCAAAUACUCAGUUACUUUCAUUAGUGGCACUAUGUAUAGGUUUACAGAGAAUCCUGACAAAGAUUAUGGUAUGAUGUAGUAUAUUUGAGUAUUGUACCCCUGAAAAAAGAACUGAAGCACAAUAACUCUACCUUGAAUAGAAACAUUUGUUGCAGCUUUCCCCCCCAACAAACCACAAAACUAGACUACGACCUGGGAGACCAGGGUUUGAAUCCCCACACAGCCACGAAGCUCAGUGGGUGACCUUGGACAUUUUAUUUAUUUAUUUAUUUAACAGAAUUUGGAUUCUAAUUAUAAAUAAAACUUCUAAGUAGUUUACAAAAAAUAUAUAAAUUAGAAUUGUUUAUAAAGGUAAAGGUAAACGUUUUUUAAAAAUAAUCAAAAUAUAAUAAAAUCAACAGUUAAAAAUAUACAGUAUAAGCUAAAAUUACUGAUUAAAUACGCAUCAACUCUACACGUUGGGGUAGGCUUGCUUAAACAAAAAUAUUUUUAGCAGGUGUCAAAAAGAGUACAGCUAAGCGACUUGUCUAACUGCAAUGGGGAAGGAGUUGCAGAGUGUAAGAGUUGCCACGUUAAAAGAAAUGGAGCACAAUCAGUUGACAAGAGUAGAAGUUGUUUUUGUAGCUUGAUAAUACAAUGUCCAACAUAUUUACAUGUCGUACUAAAAGAUGAUAGUUCACUCAGGGGCUGGACUAGCCUAUCUCAUUUGUUCCGUUUGCCUCUUCAGUGUUAUUUAAUAUGAAACGGAUAUAAUUUUUUAUUCAUUAAGAUGGUUAAUUUGUAAGGGGGCUGCCAUAUGAUCUGAAGACAUUUGACCUCAGCAUGGAGCAAACUAUUGGACUACAUGAUCUUGAACUUCUUUCCUGCCCUACAGUUCAGGAAUAGCACUUGUAUUUCAGAUUCCUUUGUUAGUGGUAGUAGCAUUUAGGGUAUGCACAGAAGUGAUUGCACAUAGCUUGUUAAAAGUGAUCUCCAGUCACAGCCAACUAGGGAAAACACAUAAUUAGGAGGUUCUGUUUUGUUUUGUUCAUUAUCUCUCUUUACAUUUUGUACUCAAGUACAACUGCCAACAUACAAACUGUAAAAUAAGAAGUGCCCACGUGUAUUGGCACGGCCGUUAGUGGACCCACAGUUACACUGUAAUCUGAUUGAUGAUGUCAUGGUCUGAGGCAGCAUGGCAGUCAGCUUUCUAACCCAUUGGUACUCACUAGGCACUGUCGCGUCCAGAGCCGAAAGAAUGAGGCUGGAGUGUGUGUGCAAGUAAAUCUCGUUUUAUUAGAGUAAUGGAUACAUCAAAGGCAUUGCGCUUCAUAGGAAACCCUACGCUAACUCACUAGAUUCCCUAACUAUACUCUAGACAUGCUCUGCAGCAUGUGAAGGAAGUUGACUCAACGACCCCCCACUGGGAGCGGCAGGCUUAUAUAGGAAAUGUUUUCGAACGUAAUCUCUGACACCUUCGUAAUUCCUGUCUUUGCCCUGUCCGUUUCUCGUGGCGACGGGAACGAGGAGACAGGGGACGCACAUCCAACAGCUCAUCUGAAGACACCUGCUCCCGAGCAACAGGCUCAAGGUCAGGGGGCGGUGCCACACUGGAAUCCUCCUGGGAACUGCUUGGUAAAGGAGGAGCUGGCACUGACUCUGAAGCUUCCCCCCACAAGUCCUCUGCAUCAACUGGAGGCGGUGCGCUCGGCUCCUCGGAAAGGGCGUUACUCGUGGGAACUGGCUGGAGAGCAGGCUGCCCCCCUCCCGCACGAUCCUGCUCAGACACAACAAUCCCCAACUCUGCUUCUUCUGGCUGCGGAGGUGCCUGAAACUCAUGCCUCCCCCUUCCUGUCCCUUCUGAGUUGGCUGCAGCGCAACAUUAUCCCCCCCUCCAUGCUUUAACCCUUCCCACCCCUGAAGCUUAGGUUUCUCUGGAUAAGCCUCAUGGAAUUCUCUCACCAAAGUCGGAGCGUGCACAUUCUCCUCUGUUCCCCAGGAACAUUCAGUUGGAUCAUACCCCUUCCAAUGAAUCAGGUACUGAAGACACCCUCGGCGUUUUCGCGAGUCCAAAAUCUGUUCUACUUCGUAUUCCUCCUCCCCCUCUACCAACAACAGCGGUGCGGGCUCCACUCGUGGACGGUGAGGGUCGGGGGCAGCGUCCUUGGUCAACAAUCCCCUGUGGAAGACUGGGUGCAUCUUGAAGGUGGGCGGCAAUUUUAGUCUGUAAGCCACAGGGUUAAUCUGAGCCUCCACCUCAAAGGGCCCUACACGCUGAUGCUGCAGUUUACGACACCGGCCAGGCAUAGCUAGGAAACGUGUAGAGAUCCAGACCUGGUCUCCCACUCGUAUGAGGUCCCCCUCUCUCCGAUGCUGGUCAGCUGCGCGUUUGUAAUCCGCUUUGGCCUGUUCUAGUUGCUCUUGGAGUAGCUGUUGCAUAGCAUGAAGUUCCUGCAAGUAAUCUUCAGCGGCUGGGACUGAGAGACUGUCUUUUGGGGCAGGGAAGGCUCGGGGGUGGUAGCCAAAAUUGGCGAAGAAAGUAGUCUUGCGUGUGCGAAUGCACAGCAUUAUUAUAGGCAAAUUCUGCUAAAUGCAGGUAGGACAUCCAGUUGUCCUGCUGAUACCCCACAAAACAACGUAAAUAUUGUUGCAACACUGCGUUGACCCUCUUGGACUGCCCAUCCGUUUGGGGAUGAUGGGCAGACGACAGUCUCAGCUCACUUUGCAGCAACUUCCACAACGCUUGCCAAAAACGCAAGGUGAAUUGUGUGCCCCAAUCGGAAACCAGGCCAUCUGGCAGACCGUGCAGCCGAUACACAUUUUGCACGUACAACUUGGCAGUGUCUUGAGCGCUUGGGAGCCCUACGCAUGGAAUGAAGUGAGCCAUUUUCGAGAAGGCAUCAACGACCACCAAAACUGUGGUUUUCCCCUGCGAAGGUGGAAGGUCUGUUAUAAAAUCCAUAGUAAUCAUUCGCCAAGGUCCUCCUGGAGCAGGAAGGGGUUCCAGUAGCCCCGGUGGCUUCCCAGUGGCAUGUUUAGCCCUCCUGCAAGUGGGGCAAGAGCGAACGUAAUGCUCUAUGUCCUUCUUCACCUUGGGCCACCAGAACUCCCGAGUGACAGCUUGAAUGGUCUUAAAAACCCCAAAGUGGCCUGCCGUGGGGGCAUCAUGGCACUGACGUAGUACCCUCACUCGCAGUUCUCCGGGGGGCACAUAAACAGCUUCCUGAUGGUGCAGUAUGCCAUCCUUCCAUAUAAGGUCCUUCUGUUCUGCCUGGGGUGACGCGCCCUCUUCGACCCACUGCUCCUGCACAAAAGGGGCCUGUUGUUGCGCUUCACGCACUUCAGCUUCCCAAGAAUCUUGGCAGGCCCCUACUACUCCCCGCUCGGGAGGGAUUAUGUACUGUAACGGUCUUGGGGUGGGAUCCCUCAGAAAUUCUGGCUUCCUUGCGAGGGCAUCAGCCCGCUUAUUCUGUGCUUGGGAGAUAUAAUGAAUUUUGAAAUGGAACCGUGCGAAAAACUGAGCCCAGUGCACUUGCCUCUGAUUGAGUUUACGGGCGGUAUGAAGACUCUCUAGAUUAUGAUGGUCCGUGCGCACCUCAAUUUCAUGCUGCGCCCCUUCCAGAUGGUGUCUCCAGGCUUCAAAGGCAUCUCUAAUGGCUAAUAGCUCCUUUUCCCACACAGUGUAGUUUUGUUCAGAGUCGGUUAACUUUCUGGAAAAGUAGGCACAAGGCAUCAGUUCUCCCCCUUUCUGGGCCGGUUGCAAAAGAACCCCUCCGAUCGCGACGUCCGACGCAUCCGUCUCUACCACAAAAGGGAGCGCCGGGUCGGCAUGCUGUAGUAUGGGUUCGGUAGCAAACCUUCACUUCAGGCUCUCGAAAGCCUCUUGUGCAGCUUCUGUCCAUUGGAAAGGUCCUGAGCCCUUCAGGCAAUCCGUGAGCAGUGUGGUCUGAUGGGAGUAGUUGGCUAUGAAACGAUGAUAGUAAUUCGCAAAGCCCAAGAAGCAUUGCAAAUCCUUCUUGGUCUUGGGGGGUUGCCACGUGAGUACACAACGAACUUUUUCUGGGUCCAUUUCUACUCCUGCUGGAGAGAUCCGAUACCCCAGAAAGUCCAACGUGGUUAGGUCAAACCCACACUUUCCCAGCUUACCGUAAAGACGGUGUUCCCGUAACUUCUGCAGCACUGCACGCACAUGCGAGUUGUGUUCCUCGGGAGUAUUCGAAUAAAUCAGGAUAUCAUCCAAAUACACUAUCAUAAAGCGGUCCACAAAGUCCCGAAAGAUGUCAUUCAUAAAAUUUUGGAAGACUCCAGGUGUUCCCGACAACCCGUAUGGCAUCACCAAAUACUCAAACUGACCAUAACGGGUCUUAAACGCAGUCUUCCAUUCAUGGCCUGCCUUAAUCCUCACCAAAUUGUAAGCUCCUCUCAAGUCCAGUUUCGUGAAAAUUUUGGCGGAACGCAACCUCUCCAACAUUUCCCUAAUGAGCGGCAGCGGGUAACUAUUGGGGAUAGUGAGCUGGUUUAGGGCUCGAUAAUCAUUACAGGGACGGAGCUCCCCCCCUUUUUUCUUCACAAACAGCAGGGGUGCACCAGCUGGGGACUGUGAAGGGCGAAUGAAGCCUUUCUUCAAAUUGGCGUCCAGAAACUCAACUCUGGUUCAGAUAGAGAGUAGAUCCGCCCGGCGGGGAUGCGUGCCCCAGGCACCAAAUCAAUGGCACAAUCAUAGGGCCGGUGAGGAGGGAGCUGCUGCGCUUCCUUUUUAUCAAAGACGUCCCGAAAACUCCCAUACUUGGUGGACAAAGUUAUCUCCCUUGGGGGAGACGCCCCUGCCAACACCUGUGGCUCCUCUUCAGGCUGGCAAUGUUGAUGGCAGUACUUGGAGAUAAAAACUACCACAGCUUCAUCCCAAAAGAUUGUGGGGUUGUGCCUAACCAGCCAAGGCAUACCCAACACCACCGGGAAACGCGGCAAGGACGCCACAUAGAACGACAGGUCUUCCCGAUGCCCAGGGACCUUCACUUCCACGGACUCAGUCACCCGAGUCACCCCCCCAGACUUCAGAGGCCGGCCAUCUAUAGUUUCCACUGCCAACGGCUGACUCAGUUCUCUUGUGGGAAUAGCGUGGUGUAGCGCCAACUCUCGGUCUAUGAAACAAGAGGAUGCUCCGCUGUCAAUCAUAGCCUUGGCUGAGAAGCUCUCGCCUGAGGAUAGGGUGAUGCGAAUGGGCAACAGAAGGGCCCCUUGGGAGGGAAGGGGUCGUAACGGAGGCUCAGUGUCUGUAGCACUCCCCAACUCUCUAGCCUCUAUGAGAGCUGGGAUGUGAAGUUUUCCGGCGGUUGGGAUCUUCCGAUUUUGGCUGCACAAUUUCUGGCGAGGUGUCCAGACUUUCCGCAAUAGAGACACAGUCCUUCUCUCCGGCGUCUUUCCCUCUCCUCCUCUAUCAAUCGCGGUCUAGCCCCCCCAAUGUGCAUGGGCUCCUCUCCCGAGACAGUAGGGAUGCCAGGAUUGGGCACGGGGCGCGCACGGGGCAGCGGAACAGCAACCUGACUCCGUGAAGGCUCCAUUCUUUGCUCCAACUUUCUUCCUUCUAAGUGGCUGUCUAUCUGCAAACUCAGUUGAAUCAAACCCCUCAGUGAGUCGGGGUGUGUGGAGCGCGCCACUUCAUCCAACACUUCUGGACUCAGUCCAUUUCUGUAGAAGUACAUCAAGGCUGGGUCAUUGUACUCCGUCUCCUGAGACAAAACACGAAAAGCAUUUGUGUAUUGCCCUACAGACCCCCUUCCCUGUCUCAGGGUCCCUAACUGGCGGGCAACCGUCUCCUUCCUCUGGGGGUCUCGGAACAUGUCCCCCAUCGCAUUUUUGAAGGCGUCAAACUGGCGCAAUAUCUGGUCGUUGCGAAUCAAAUACGGGGUGGCCCAUUUUGCUGCUUCCCCUUCCAAUAAACUGAUGAUGAACGCCACCUUCGCGUCAUCAGUUGGGAAUUCAGCUCUGCGCACUUGAAUGUACAACUCACAUUGGGCUAGAAACGUGGCAAACUGUUCACUCUGGCCCCCGUAUCGCACGGGGAGCCCCACUGGAGACUUCACAGGGGCUGCCACUCUGGGAGGCGCAGCCUGGACUUGGGCGACCAAGGCAUGGAGAUUCUGGUUAUCCACUUGCAAGGUUUGCAUUGCGGCUCUGAGGUUUUGGUUCUCAGCUUGUAGGGCUUGCGUAGUCACUCGGAGGUUCUGGAUCUCGGCAUACAAAGCUUCCAUGGUGAUAGGUACUCCCCCUCUUGCUCCGUUCUGGUCUAUGUCAUCCGCCAUGGGAACAGGUUCGAGUAGGGAUGGUGGUUGAGUCAAUCUGUCCCGUCCAGAGCAGAAAGAAUGAGGCUGGAGUGUGUGUGCAAGUAAAUCUCGUUUUAUUAGAGUAAUGGAUACAUCAAAGGCAUUGCGCUUCAUAGGAAACCCUACGCUAACUCACUAGAUUCCCUAACUAUACUCUAGACAUGCUCUGCAGCGUGUGAAGGAAGUUGACUCAACGACCCCCCACUGGGAGCGGCAGGCUUAUAUAGGAAAUGUUUUCGAACGUAAUCUCUGACUCCUUCGUAAUUCCUGUCUUUGCCCUGUCCGUUUCUCGCGGCAACGGGAACAAGGAGACAGGGGACGCGCAUCCAACGGCUCAUCUGAAGACACCUGCUCCCGAGCAACGGGCUCAAGGUCAUCGGGCAGUGCCACACUGGAAUCCUCCUGGGAACUGCUUGGUAAAGGAGGAGCUGGCACUGACUCUGAAGCUUCCCCCCACAAGUCCUCUGCAUCAACUGGGGGCGGUGCGCUCGGCUCCUCGGAAAGGGCGUUACUCGUGGGAACUGGCUGGAGAGCAGGCUGCCCCCCUCCCGCACGAUCCUGCUCAGACACAACAAUCCCCAACUCUGCUUCUUCUGGCUGCGGAGGUGCCUGAAACUCAUGCCUCCCCCCUUCCUGUCCCUUCUGAGUUGGCUGCAGCGCAACAGGUAAAUGGAAAUAGACUGCUGGUCACACCGGCAGCAGUGUUGCUGAAUCACCCUGCUAAAAGCAAUUGAUAGCGUGAUGACUAUACUAAAUAUAGUCUGGGGAGGCUUAUAAUGAAAUACUUUAAAAUUUAAACCCUAAGAUGAAUUCAGGUAAAUUUUAUUCUUCAUGUAAAUUCCUCACCUCUUUGAACCAUACAGGUUUUAUAUAGGUUCAGUUAUUAAUUCACUUUCUUUAUUACAGAUAUUUGGGUAAUUCUGUAGUCAAAUGACAACAUUUAUAGAAGUUACAAAUCUGAGUUAUACUUUGGCUGUGUCUAGUCACUGCUGGUUCCAUGGUUUAGAACCUAAUAGGAACUACAGGAAGCAGCAUGCAUUUGGGGGUGCCUAGUCAUACACACACUUGCACUAUUAUUCUGAGCAGUCAUAUAAUUUGGAAUGUGCCACCUGGACUGACACCACCUCAAAUCUGUCACAUAGAUUAGCAAGCAUCAAUACAAGAAUAGGUACAUUUCCCAUAUGGGUUUCAGGCACAAAGUGCCAAAACACUUUCACAUUAGAUAACUAUAUUCCAUAUACCAAGCUGUAGCCAGAUUAGAAAAGUCAAAGGCAGUCAGUCGUACUACUGGCCCCUUCUUUCUCCUCCGCGCUGUGAGUAGUUUAAUGGCUUGUGAUUGUGUUUCACCUUUUUGAAUCGAUACGGGCUAAAGGCCCAUGAUUAGGGCACAAUCCAGCUCACCUUUCUGCCAGGCUGGGGUGAGUUGGAUGCCACAGAGGGCUGGCUGUACUGGGAGGCUCCUGGCUGCAUCAGGCUUCCCCAGCCUCCCCCAGCAGCAAUCCUCUGCUGCAGCGGCGAUGUGGCUCUGCCAGGAGCCUGCCAGCACUGCCAGGGUCUGCCAGGCAUGGCCAGCAGAAGCCCUGAAAACAGAGUAUUCCAGAGGCAUGGCAGGGGUGGAGCCAUGGGGGGGCAUAUGUGAGAUCCUUCUCGCAUUCAGAGCCCUCCCCUGGGUCCCAUUGCUCCUUGAAACUCCACUGGCCAAAAGGCUGAUAGAGUAAAAAUAAUUUUAAAUUCCCAUUCAGUCCUACGGGGCGUGCUUACUCCACGGGAUGACUGUUUGCCAGAACUGGCGCUUCCCGACCAGCUUGUGUGUGUGGCACCCAGUAGAGCCAGCAUUCAGCCAGGCCAGCCGCUCCCAAAAAAGAGGAGGAUCCCAUGGAGCUUUCUCAUGGCUCCUUCACCACCACCACCACCCCAGCUUCCCGUCAGUUGGAUUGCUCUGUUAAUCAUUGAUAUCCCUGCUUUCACAGGUGUACAAAGUAAAUAAAAGUCUGGAGGCAGCAAGCAUAUGUGAUGGCGUGAUUUGCAGAAAAAAGGCUUAGAAAACUUCCUGUUUUCUAUGUUUAACACAAAAGUAAAGGCAUGAUUCCAAGUCAGUGCUUAAGUGUUAUUCAGUUAACGGCAUUUGAAUCCCUAAUUUUGCAUUUGUGUUGCACUGGUUUCAGUGGACCUUAAGUGCCCCUAACAUUCUUUAGAUCAUACCCAGAACAAUCAGUAUUUUUAUUUUUUAAGCAAGAACCUUUAUUACAAUAAUUGUAAUAGAAAAACAUUUUGAAAUAAAAUAUCCAAAUACAAAAUAAUUACAGUAAUUAAUUCUAGAAAGUUACCUCCUCCAGAGAGGGAAGGAUAAAAUGAAAUGAAUGAAAUUCCUGCAUCACUUCCUUUAUGUCAGUUGUUUUGACUCCUGUUGUCUUUACUAUGAUAGGAAUAAUAUUUUGCUUUUGCUGCUUAGCCAAUUGCCACGCAAGAAACUGGUUUUGUGUCAUUCCUUUUGCCAAGGAUCUUUCCGCUGCUAACAUAUCAUGAAGAUCAACCCUAUUUCUGGCAAUAGUUAAACAUUCAUACGUAUUUACCAUUAAGUGUUGUUUAUGCAUAAUCUCCAAUUCCUGCACUUCUUUUAUCCAUUCUUUCCUUCCCUGGUUCAAUAUGGAUGAUCACACCUCUUAUUAUUACUUUAAACACCUCCUAUGGGGUUGUAAUAUAAUUCACAGAUCCUUCUUUGAGUCCGAAACAAUCCAUGAUUGCUUCUCGAAUUUGCUCUAGUGUUCUACUGUCACAGAGUAUGCUUGAAUAAGAGUAUGCUUGAAUCUUGCCCUUCGUCUCCAAGCCCUAAUGUUUCCAAUCAAUUGCUACCAAUGCAUGGUCAGGUCAUAUCUUUAUAUCAAUCAUAGCUUCUAUUCCUCCUUGAUACAGACCUGGAGAUGCCAAUAUAUAUCUUGGAAUAAGAAUGAUAUCUAGCCAAAUUAUAAGUAAAACCCCUUUUCUGUGGAUAAAUAAACCUCCAAAGAUCUAGGAACUGCCAUGUUUCUAUCCAUUCAUAUAGAUUCUUGGGAUGCUUUUUUAUAGUGACAUCCCUUCUUGUAUUUUUGUCCAUAUUUCUGUUCAUCAUCAAAUUAAAAUUCCCUGAUAAGAUUAAUUGGCCUACUUUAAACUUAUUCAAGUUCUUUAUAAAUUUAGCAUAAAACACAGUUAGAACAGAGUUGGGGGCAUAAAGGCUAACAAUAGUUAUUUAAGUAUUAUUUAAUAUACCCUUAACCAUAACAUAUCGGCCAUCCAUCUGCCUCCCUUACAUAUAUGGCUACACCUCUCAUCUUUUCAUUAGCACAAGAAUGGUAAAAGUGCCCUUUACAGAGCUUAUUUAAAAGAUGGAGAUCUUGGGAAAGGAUGUGAGUCUCUUGAAGACAAAUAAUAUUAGCUUGAAAUAUUUUUAGACAACAUUUUUUAUUUAUCUUUACACUUGGAAAUUAUACAAUUAUACAAUUCUUUAACAACCACACUCAUCUCAAUACAUAGAAUAAAGAAGUACAAUAAAGAAAAAAAUGAGAGAAUGAGAAGAGAAAAAAAGUAAUACAAAACAAAAAAUAAUGAAGAAAAAGGGGUGGAGAAAAAAAAAGAAACUAUAUAUGAUUUAAGCCUUUCUAGGGUGGAUCCAUCGGCAUCAACAAAUACAUCUUACUGACAUCCCAUAAUCACAGCAGAACCCAUCCAGGGGAGGGGAGGGGAGAGAGCGAUAGAAGAGAAUAUUGACAAAAUGAAAUUGUGUAAAAAUACAGGGAUGAGGGGAAUACAAACAAAAAAGCCUUCAGAAAAUAGUUUGUCUCAUUACUAGAAAUAAAGCGCUCCAUUGUGUUUUAUUAUCAGUGUCUUCUUUUUGCACUCGUCCCCCUUGUUGAACCAUAGGGUGAGGAUUAUUAUGGCAUCUGAAGUGGGGAUGGAGUGAGGAGUCGAGUUAGGAUCAGGAUCUGAGUUCCAUUAGGUCUUGAAAACAUAAACUUAAAACUUUUCCUCAAGAGCCUUUGCUUCUUCAAUUGAUUUAGCUGCCAACCACUAUCCUUUAUGUAUAAUCAGCAAUUUGAAAGGAGUUUCCUAUUGAUAAUUUAUUUUCUUAAUCCAGAGCUGAUGUAGGUCAGAUAAGAUUUCAGCUUGCUUCCACUUGAUUAACACUUUCUCUUUUGCCCAAUAUUGAUAAGUGAUAGCCUCUUUAACCUGAAGACCUAUACAUUUUACCAUUAUGUCUCUGGGGAAAUCAGCCUUCUGAGGUUGGGAGGGCUCUAUUUUAUAUGCAACUUCCACUGCAACCGAACAAAGCCUGUCCAGUUGGAUGUAAUUUGCUAGAUGUUUUUCUGAAAAGGUGACUAGAUUAUUCCUCUCCAAACCCUCCGGAACUCCUCUUAAUUUAAUGCUCUUUUUCAUUUCUUCUUGUAAUUCUUCUAAGCUAUUUCUGUUUUUUUCCCAAUUCAAUCUCCAAAGUCUUAUUAGUAUUUUUGGUUUUUGCAACAAAGCCCUUUGUUCAUCCUGUAGGUUGUCAAGGGUUUUCCCCUCCUGUUUAGAUACACUUUCCAAAAUAUUCCCUACAGAUGCCUCCAAAUUUGCAACUUUACAUGCAAUAUUAUUCAGUUUAUCCUCAAUGUUCUUGUCUCUAUCUUGCAUUUUUUCUCCAGGACUUUAUCCAGCCAUUUCUCUAGCUUCUUUUCCCUUUCUGAUUGCCCUUUCAAAUUCCUAUCUUCAAAGGCUUUGAAUUCUUUAGUAAAUGUUUCUUGCAUCUUUUCUAUAGGUGCAAAAUUUCCUCCUCCUCUUCUCUUGAUCUUUAUGUUUUCUCCCUGGCAUCUUUUUAUAAAUUUGGUAUUCAUAGCUUGACAUUCCAUUAAAUGAUUAGGAAUCUAUUGAAUCCAACAUUCUUUCAUCUGAUUCUCCCAACAGUUCAUCAAAUAUUUUGUUUACCAAUUCAUAAAGUGAGGCAUAACCCAACCUGUAUUUCCUUCAUCCUUUGAUAUUUUAGAUUCAAUAAAAAAAAUUUUUAAUGAUAUAAUCAGUCUACUCAAUAAUUCAGCAAUUAGAAAGAGAUCAGAUAGAAAUCAAUUAAGAACAAUCAAGACUGAAGGGACCAUUCCCAUCAAGAGCAAGCUCCAUGAUAAAAAUGUACAUACAAGUUUUCUUCUCUCAGCUUUGUACACUCACUGUUCUGAGUGCUUAUUGUGUAAUAUCCUCAAACUCAUUUGAUGAUUCAUCUGCAUAAACUCCCUACCACAGAUGCACUAAAUAACAUUUGUGAUGUUUGAGUAAUUCCAUGGGAUCUCCUUUUGGGGCAGUUACGAUAUGCAAGGAUCAAUGCCUGCUGACAUUAUCUUGGGGAUACAGAUAUGUGAUGAAUUUAAUCACGGAUUAACAGAGCAUGGCUAAAGCUACUGUAUAUGGAGAUACUCAUGCAGCAUGUUCAGAGUAUGGGAAAGAGCAUUAGCAAUGGAAUUCUGGUAAAGGAAGUACUGCAUGUGGUUACUUCAGACAUUGUCUUUGUCCUCACAACUAAAAUGGUGCAUCACAGAUUCCUUGCAAAAAUGCAAAAGGAAAAAAACCCAUGCAAGUGGUCUAUGGCAUGUUCUCUAAGUAACCACUUCUUUGAUUCUUUCUGUGUUUUCAGAUCAAAUGACAUUAAAACCAUUGUUUCCCAUUUCAGACCUAAUGGGAAAUUGUUAAAGAUACUAUGAUCAAAGCACAAAAGUUGGCAUGCAGCAGAACAAGGGGGAAGUAAGUGGGCCCAACGCUAGUUCCAGCUAAAUAAACUGUUUUAUUAAGCCAGGAUCAUUAUGUCCAAACUGGUCCAUAGUGGUGUGAAAAUUAAAUUUAGCAAGAGCAUCUGGAAUCAGUUCUGUUGGACAAAAUCAAAUGAAAAUGAUAACUUAUAAUUGGCAUUAUGAAAUAUUUCCUUCUACAUUUUUCUAGAUUUGUUUCUUUUUGGAAGUUCACAUCCAUGAUCUUUUAAAACAUCUGAUGCUUAGAAUACAUUUGUGAUAGGGCCUUUUGUAAAUUUAUUGAGUUGAUAAAUAUUUUAACAAUCCCUUUUUGUGGCUAAUUAUAUAGAUUGACAAAUAUACUGUGCCCCCUCCCCAUGAAAGGAUAAAAUUGGCCCUAUUGGCCUAAAACAUUUUUAAUUCUGUAAAAUGACCAUUUUAUGUUUCUUAACCUUUUCAUGAUGGGAUCAAACCAUGAUAUUUCCAUGUAGUGUGAACCAGCAAAACAGAUGAUGUUGCAACAGUGGUGACAAACAAUAUGAUUUUAAAUUUAUUGCCUCUUCUUUUGCACUAGUAUUUGAAAAUGUUGUUUAAGCAGAUAAAGUAUUUAACUACAAUUUAUAUACUUUUAAGAUAAAUUAUCCAAUAUGUUCUGCACCCGUUUUUUGUAUUUAUCCAGGGUCACUUCCCCCCUUUUCUCUUUAAUUAUAACUAUGAAAACCAAUAGAGAGACAUGGGUUAUUUUAGGAAUUAGCAGAUCAGUGUCAAGAUGAGAGACAGCUGGACUUCGAGUAUAUUUGCAUAUAAACGUGUGUAAAAUUAAUCUAUAAAGAUAUAUAUGUAUGUCUCUGUGUGUGUAUCAUGGAAUGGUACUUGGAUUUUCCUAAACAAGUGUUUUAAGCAUAUGUAGCAACAAUUCGGCACUUGGAUUGUUUCCAGUGAAAAUUUUAAAAAGAAUCCCUCCCCUAAUUAAGCUGUAUCAUUUUUACAUUUAAAGAAUAAGCCACACAGUAAUUUGGGUAAAGUUUGAUCUACAUGUAUCUUUUUUAUAUAAAAAAGCACUUUCAUAUUGACAUAGCAUGUGGAUGAAUUUUAGAUUCUCAUAUUUGUUAUGGUCUGUAGGAGUGAUGUAAAAUUUACUUGUUAUUAAUCUGUCCAUGAAUAAUCAGAUUAUACAAAGGAUGAAUCAAAGCACCUUAUACUAUUGCUGCUUCAAUUUGCUUGUAAUUGCACCUUUCGUUAUUGGCACACUUUUUUUAUUGAGCAUUCUUACGUGGUAACAUUUGCUUCCUGUUUGAUUAAAUAUUUGACCCACAGCAUCACCAACUGGCUUAUA